GUUUAAUCUCUCCAACUCCAUAUUAUCCCCAUCGAAAGUCUUGUUAUAUCAUUAUCUAGAAGCUUGGUUACUCGUUAUCUACUUCUUUUUGCAUUCUCGCCGUACCGUGCGGCCAAUAGACCACAUCAGAGAGAUUGAGUGAGUGUCGAGACAAUGAAGUUCUUAUCAGCUACCGCUCUCCUCGUUUGCGCCGCUCCUCUGUCUGUUGCCGCGCAGUCUCUACCCUUCUUUGGUUCCUCCCAGAGCCCUAUACAAACCAAGGAAAUCAAGUAUGUAGAGGGCAACAACCCUCUUCAGUACUGUCAGGAGGACACGGCCGGUGAUAUCCUGCAAAUUGGAUCGGUGGACCUGACGCCUAACCCGCCUCUUCCUGGCAAGACGCUCACGAUCGAGGCAAAGGGCGUUCUGCGCGAACGGAUUGAGAAGGGGGCCAAGGUGCUUUUGGUGGUCAAAUAUGGCUUAAUCACUCUGAUCAGACAAACGGCCGAUCUCUGUGACCAGCUGGUCAACGUCGAUAUGAAAUGUCCCUUGGAAAAGGGCGAUAUGAUCUUGACGAAGAAGGUCGAUCUGCCCAAGCAGAUCCCUCCGGGUAAAUACUCCGUGCAUGCCGACGUUUUGACCGAGGAUGGCAAGACGAUCACCUGUCUGGAGGGCGUGAACAUUGAGUUCAAGGCCGGUUUUUAGACGACCUCGCAGCCGUGCUUCCUUCCCGCAUAAUUGGGCCAUCCUUCGGUGCUGUAUCCGUUGUUACGGGUUGGAAACGCCUUUGAUCAACUCCUGCAUCACGAAUUCCGACGUUAUGUUUGCAUAGUUCAUUUAUCUCUUUCCAGCGGACUGUUGAUUAUGCUGCCUGUAAUCUGCCGAUUUCCACGAUAGUCCGGUUGCACACCCCUUACAACACUCACCCUGUGCACCUGUCUUACGUCCUCUUCAGACCCGGCGUUUUGGACGAUUGUUUGACAAUAUCGCAGCUACUAUGUAUGGCUUUAGACGACUCUACCCGCACUCUUAUUUGUAUCAGCAACGAGGACUUUGUGCUGCAACGUUUGCUUCCCGCAUUUUUUUU